AUGACUUCAAACGACGGAAGAACCUCAACGCGUUUAGGGUUCGGGAAAACAUUUAAUCUUGACAGUUUAGGUCACGAUGUGCGCCGUAACCUGGUCAAGGUUGACCCUCGCUUGCCUGAGGAUCUCAAGAAUGUGGCUUUAUUGCUCAAGGAAGAAAGAAACAUUCUUUCCAGCUUACAGAACAUUGCGCAAGAGAGGAAACAAGGCAACACGUUUUUGUACAAUUGGGGAAAAGAAAACUUGGAAGAUGUUGCCGAUAUCACAGAGAAAAUGUCAAGUCUAAUGUCAAAGAUGUCAGAUGUUGAAACGGUGAUGGCUGAAAAAUAUGAAAAAUACAGAAACUUACUCAAAGAAAUUCGCGAAGCUGAGCAACGCCUUCUUGGUACGAAGGAGAAGCGACGCAAAAUCAAUGAUGAAAUGUCAAAGACUAUGAAAACACAUCCAAGAUCGCCACGUAUUCGGGAAUUGGAACUCGAAUUGGAGCAAGUAAAUCGUGAAAGCGCACCUACGGAAUUGGAAGUUGGCAAUCUUGAAAGACGCAAGCUGAAAGAGGCGUUUACUCUGUUGCUUGAUGCCACAUUUGAAACAUCUGAGCGUAUGGCCAUAAUUGCUGGCUUUGGGGGUUAUAUCAUUGGUCAACUUGACGAUAAUCCUGUUCCUGCUGGUUCAACAAGACCAAAGUAUGCUGGCGAUAAGGUUACUUCACAGAUAGUUAAAGACUGUCAAAUCCAACUACAUAGUUGGCAGCCACCUAGCACGGAUAUUGGACCUCUUUUGCCAACGUUGACGAAUACGGCACCAACACUAUUAGCCGCUCAAAAGGAGGAAUAUGAAGCGAAAUUGACUAAACUUAAUGCAGAGAUGGCUUCUCAACGCGAAGCUUACGAAAAGCAAAUCCUUGAACAGACGACCAAAUACGAUGAACUCGCACAAUCUUCCUCUGCAAAGAUUGACGAACUUACACAAUCUUCCUCUGCAAAAAUUGAAGAACUUACAUUAGAGCUAGAAAAUCAACAACAGGGAUAUAAAGCUCAAUUGGAUGACAUGGCUACUGCGUUGAGUUCUCAAAGAGAAGCAUAUGAAAAGCAGGUUAGCGAUUUGACCACCAAGUUACUUGAACAUCAGAAAAAGAGCGAGCAAGACUUGGUGGAAAUCCGGGGUGUUUUGGCCACUGAAAAACAAAAGAAUGAAGUCCAGCUACGCGAAUACCAGACAUUGUUGACACAAAAACACGAGUAUGAGGUACAAUUACGAGAACGAGACAACGUUAUUACUAAACUCCAGAAUGAUAUGAAUGUUGUUGCAACAGAAAAAGGCAAACUGUCUCAAGUUGUCAAAGAUCUAGAGGAGACACUGCAAUCAAAAUCAUCAACGCUAAGUCAAAAGGAAGAGAAAAUUAACAAACUGGAAGAUGACAUUUCCGGUAUCAAGUCACAACUUGCUGGAUUAAAGAUUGCUGCACCCGCUCCCGCACCUGCAAGUCCAGCAUCAGAAGCAGCUAAUUCAACGGCAGUGCCAGGAGCAGCGCCUGCACGCUCUGCCACUGCUGCAUCUGUAACUAGUCCUCCAGCAUCGAUAUCUUCUCCACCAGUUUCCGAGUCAUUGCCGCCUCCACUUUCACCAGCAAAUCCGCACCUUCCUCCUGGUGGACAUUUCCAGCAAAACAUGUAUGACCCGCAGGGGCAACCAUUUUACGGUCAGCAAGGUUUCCAACCCCAACAACCAUUUUAUCAGCCACAGGGAUAUUAUGGUCAACCCGGUCGUCCUCAAUAUGGUUUUCAGGGACAACCUAGCUUCAAUCAAGGUCACCCUCCUCCUCCCCCACGGAGUUAUACCUGGAAGUGA